AUGCUGAAGAAAAAGAAGGGCCAGCACAAGACCUACUACCACGCCAAAGACAUCUCCUACCUGCUGCACGAGCCGCUGCUGAAGAAGGCGCGGGAGCUGUAUGCGCACGAGAAGAAAGUGCGGCGGGCGAGGGCCAAGCAGAACCGGGAGCUGGCGGCGCGGCUGGCGGCGCGCAGGCCCUCGGCCCGCCUCGACCACCUCGUGCGCGAGAGGUGGGUGGUGGACCGCCCCACCCAGGGCCACCGCUUCCUGUCCCGCGAGUAUGUGCAGCCGCAGUGGGUGUUUGAUUCAGCCAACUUCCGGGUGCUGGCGUCGCCGGCGCUGUACGCGCCCGGCCGCGCGCUGCCGCCCCACCUGUCGCCCUUCGUGAGCGCGGAGGAGGAGGGGUACGUGCCGGAGUACGGGCGCCAGCUGGCGGCGCUGCAGGAGGCGGCGCGCGCGGCGCGGCGCCGCCGCGCCGCCGCCGCGGGCGACGUGUUUGUGGGGGAGGAGGCGGAGGAGGGGGCGGCCGGCGGCGCCCCCGCUGCCCUGCUGACCGCUGAGGAGGAGGCUGAGGCGGCCGAGGCGCGGUAUGCUGCUGAGCUGGCCAAGGAGCUCAAGAAGGCUGGCGUGGCUGCGGCAGGCGGCGUGGAGUCUGAGCAGUCUGAGGAGGAGGAGGCGGCGGCUGCGGCGCCGGCUGCCAGGAAGCGGCGUGCGGGUGGCGACACCCAGGAGGCGUCUGCUGCGGCUGACGAGGCGGCCAUGAAGGAUAUCAUGAUGACGCGCAAGGCCAAGAAGAUGUACCAGGGGCUGCAGAAGAGCCGGGCGGCCAAGAAGGCGCGCGUGGCGGCGCUGGAGGAGAAGGCGGCGGCGUGGAAGGACAAGUGA